GUGAGUAAUGACAUUCACGGGGAAGGGAGGGAGCGAGCGAGCGAAGAAGAGGGGCAGGCUCGGCGAGGCCAUGUGAUGCUGGGCGAGAGAGCCGCCGCCGCCGAAGCCUCCUGCUUUCCUCCCUCGGAUUUCGGGCUGUCAUGGCGACCCCCAACAACCUGACCCCCACCAACUGCAGCUGGUGGCCCAUCUCGGCGCUGGAGAGCGAUGCGGCGAAGCCGGCGGAGGCCCCCGACGCACCCGAAGCGGCCAGCCACGCCCAUUGGCCCAAGGAGAGCCUGGUUCUGUACCACUGGACUCAGUCCUUCAGCUCACAGAAGGUGCGGCUGGUGAUCGCCGAGAAGGGCCUGGCGUGUGAGGAGCGGGAUGUGAGCCUGCCGCAGAGCGAGCACAAGGAGCCCUGGUUCAUGCGGCUCAACCUGGGCGAGGAGGUGCCCGUUAUCAUCCACCGCGACAACAUCAUCAGCGACUACGACCAGAUCAUCGACUACGUGGAGCGCACAUUCACUGGAGAGCAUGUGGUGGCGCUGAUGCCAGAGGCGGGCAGCCCGCAGCACGCGCGCGUGCUGCAGUACCGCGAGCUGCUGGACGCGCUGCCCAUGGACGCCUACACGCACGGCUGCAUUCUGCACCCCGAACUCACCACCGACUCCAUGAUCCCCAAGUACGCCACGGCCGAGAUCCGCAGACAUUUAGCCAACGCCACCACGGACCUCAUGAGAUUGGACCAUGAAGAGGAGCCCCAGCUCUCUGAGCCCUACCUUUCUAAACAGAAGAAGCUCAUGGCCAAGAUCCUGGAACACGAUGACGUGAGCUACCUGAAGAAGAUCCUGGGGGAGCUGGCCAUGGUGCUGGACCAGAUCGAGGCUGAGCUGGAGAAGAGGAAGCUUGAGAAUGAGGGGCAGAAAUGCGAGCUGUGGCUCUGCGGCUGUGCCUUCACCCUUGCGGAUGUCCUCCUGGGAGCCACCCUGCACCGCCUCAAAUUCCUGGGACUGUCCAAGAAAUACUGGGAAGACGGCAGCCGGCCCAACCUGCAGUCCUUCUUCGAGAGGGUCCAGAAACGCUUUGCCUUCCGGAAGGUUCUGGGUGACAUCCACACCACUCUGCUGUCGGCGGUCAUCCCCAACGCGUUCCGGCUGGUCAAGCGGAAGCCGCCAUCUUUCUUUGGGGCGUCCUUUCUCAUGGGCUCCCUGGGAGGGAUGGGCUACUUUGCCUACUGGUACCUCAAGAAAAAAUACAUCUAAAGCCAGGCCCCGGGCUUGGUGUCUGACUGCCGGUGUCUCUGUGCUGUGUGACUCCCCACGAGCUCUCGGUAACACACCGUCUCGUCUCACGAACACUUGGACAGCCCCCUCCCACCCCUUGUUUGGAGUAAUUCUAGAGUCAGUGUGAAAACAUUCCAUAGGUUAGGAGUAGACGUUGCCAAUGCCGUGAGUUGAGGCCACGGCUCUACUAAAGGAGAAAAAGAAUGAGUGGGAAAGAGAGAAAGGAAAAACAAAAACACGAAUGCCUUUUUUUGUUUGUUUUGAUUCAAGGUCUCAAGAUGGAACUGUGGGGACUAGUUGGGAUCUGAGGGAAACUCUUCCACAGGACAAAGCCAACAUCAAGACUCGACUCUUCUAAGCGAUACUUCCGGGUGGGGCUGGAGACCCGGAAACCCGCAUGGAAGACCCCUGAAGAUCGGCUCAGGGGCUUCAUUCUUCUCCUGGACCUGAACUGAGUCAGCACUGGCUGAAGCCAAGGCAGUGACAUCCAACCAGAGGCUGUGUCUGGGACCGAUGCCACAAGCACACCCUGCCAUUCCCCUCUUGAUUUGAGUAGAGCGCUUGGUCUGGCGCCUUACCGGAAGUUCCUGAAGGCAGCGUCCAUCCCAUCCUCCUCUUUCCACCUGGAGUUGAGUUUUCCCGCCAUGUGAGGUAGACCUUCGGUAAAAGCCAUGUUGACCAUCUCUCGGAAGUUCAGCCCUGGCCAGAGUGUUGGGUUUGAAGAUGGAUGGUCCUUGGGUCCCUUCUCCUGCCUCUGCCAAAGCCAUCUCUGUUGAUGCCUGCCUUCCCCGUCACUCUCGGGGCUUCCUCCGAGCCCCACCAUGUCUCGCGGCGGGUUGGGGGUGGGGGUGGGGGUGGGGGUGGGGGUGGGGGGGAGGCGGUGUCUCUGUAUCCACACUGCCAGGCCCCGGGGCAUCUCACUUCCCUGUGCCUUUUGCAUGUUGGGAAAGGGUCUGGUGUCACUGCCGCUCAUGCUUAGAAACCACUGAAAGCCCCCAAUAAAGCAUCCAGGAGGA